GAUCCCCAGCGCCGACGAUAGGCGCUGGCCCUGGUGCUGAUUCCGUCAGGCGCUGGAGGCAGCGGCGGCGGCGGCAGCCCCGGCUUCUUUCUUCCAGCAAGCAAGCCGGACCCGGGAGUCUCUUCUCCCUCAGCCCGUUUUCUCCGGAGCCCACUCCCCUCCCCGUCGUGGGCAAGGGGCAGCGGGCAGAAGAGGCAGCAUCAUGCGCUCCCCCGGCAUCAUCCUCUUCCCCUGGUUCCUGGCGCUUCUGGCUCACGGAGUCUCCUCUGAGAUCCAAAACCCAAGGAGCGCAGAGAUGGACCCUGAGCUGACGGUGGCCCCCACACCUGAACAGCCUGAAGGAGGGGUCCACUUUGUCAGCACGGCCCCGACCCUGAAACUGCUCAACCACCACCCACUGCUGGAGGAGUUUCUCCAGGAUACCCAGGCAAAGGAGGAGGAGCUGAAGCCGGGGCCCUUCCUAAAUCGAGGAGCGGUCCCCUUCCAGCCUAAUGCACUGACCCUCUUUAGCCCCAGUCCUCUGGCCCAUCUGGCCCACCAAGAUGACCGCCCCAUCUUUACCAACCCCACCCCAGCCAUGGCCCCAGGACCCACGUACACCCUGGGGAGGGCUGGGCUUCAGAGUCCAGAGCCCGCAUGGCCUACCCUACCCAUCACCAUGGCUCCUCCGCCAGGGCCAGGAGUAGCUGUGCCAUCUUUGGCCCAGGCCGAGGUACCCGUGACAGCACCUCCCAGAAGUGCGUGGAUGGUGACCCAUGAUGUGCCCAUGGACCUGGCCCAGCCGUGGGUCCCAGAGGUCAUGCCCCCUCAGGCCAGAGACCCAGGGGCGGGGUUCCCUGCUGCCACCACCGCUUCGGGGGAUGAUGAGGAGACCACCACCACCACCAUCAUCACUACCACCACCAUCACCACCGUGCAGCCACCAGCUCCUUGUAGCUGGAAUUUCACAGGACCUCAAGGCUCUCUGAACUCUCCAGAAGGACCCAGCUCGUCGGAGGACAGCAGCCUGGAUUGUUUCUACUACAUCACCGUCUAUCCUGGCUAUGGUAUAGAGAUUAAGGUCCAGAACAUAAGCCUGCUGGAGGGUGAGACAGUGACGGUUGAAGGUAUGGGAGGCCCUGAGCCAUUGCCCCUGGCCAACCAAUCCUUCCUGCUCCCGGGCCAGGUCAUUCGCAGCCCCACCAACCAGGUGGCCAUGAGGUUCCAGAGCCUCCUGCCACCCUCAGGACCAGGGACCUUCCACUUCCGAUACCAAGCUUACCUCCUGAGCUGCAGCUUUCCCCAGCGCCCAGCCUAUGGGGAUGUGGCCGUCACCAGUCUUCACCCCGGUGGCAAAGCCCGCUUCCACUGCACAACGGGCUACCAGCUGCAGGGAGCCAGGGUCCUCACCUGUCUCAAUGCCACUCGGCCCUUCUGGGACUCCCGGGAGCCCAUCUGCAUCGCUGCCUGCGGAGGGGUGAUCCGUAAUGCCACGACCGGCCGCAUCGUGUCCCCCGGCUUCCCUGGGAACUACAGUAACAACCUCACCUGUCACUGGCUGCUGGAGGCUCCCAUGGGGCAGCGCCUCCAUCUCCACUUUGAGAAGGUCUCCUUGGCAGAGGACGAUGACAGACUCAUCAUCCGAAACGGAGAUACGAUAGAGGCUCCCCCGGUGUAUGAUUCAUACGAGGUUGAGUAUCUGCCCAUCGAGGGCCUGGUCAGUGCUGGUCGCCACUUCUUCGUGGAGCUCACCACAGACAGCAGCGGGGCAGCAGCAGGCGUGGCACUGCGCUAUGAGGCCUUUCAACAGGGCCACUGUUAUGAGCCCUUCGUGAAAUACGGAAACUUCAGCAGCAGCGCCGCCUCCUACCCUGUGGGGACCACCGUGGAGUUCAGCUGUGACCCUGGCUACACCCUGGAACAGGGAUCCAUCAUCAUCGAGUGUGUGGAUCCCCACGACCCCCAGUGGAACGAGACCGAGCCUGCCUGCCGAGCUGUGUGCAGCGGGGAGAUCACAGAUUCUGCCGGCGUGGUGCUCUCACCCAACUGGCCGGAGCCCUAUGGCAAGGGACAGGACUGCAUCUGGGGUCUGCAUGUGGAGGAGGAUAAACGUAUCAUGCUGGACAUCCGUGUGCUUCGGAUUGGCCAAGGGGAUGUGCUGACCUUCUACGAUGGGGACGAUCUAACCGCCCGGAUACUGGGGCAGUACUCAGGAACCCACAGACACUUCAAGCUGUUCACCUCCAUGGCGGAUGUCACUAUCCAGUUCCAGUCAGAUCCUGGGGCCUCAGCCAUGGGCUACCAGCAGGGUUUUGUCGUCCACUUCUUUGAGGUGCCCCGCAAUGACACGUGCCCAGAGCUGCCCGAGAUCCCCAAUGGCUGGAAGAGUCCUUCCCAACCGGAGCUGGUCCAUGGCACUGUGGUAACCUUUCAGUGCUACCCUGGCUUUGAAGUGACUGGAGCCAACACCCUCAUGUGCCAAUGGGAUCUCACCUGGAGUGAAGACCUGCCCACCUGUCAGAGGGUGACUUCAUGCCGCGACCCAGGGGAUGUGGAACACAGCCGUCGGCUCAUCUCCAGCCCCAAGUUUCCAGUGGGUGCCACCGUGCAGUAUAUUUGUGACAAGGGUUACGUGCUGACAGGCAGUGCCAUCCUCAGCUGCCAUGACCGCCAGGCAGGCAGCCCCAAGUGGAGUGACCGGGCCCCCAAAUGUCUUGUGGAACAGUACAAGCCAUGCCAUGGUCCUGGAACCCCUGAAAAUGGCGUCCGCAGCCCCGAGAAGCGGCUGUACCCUCCAGGUGCCACCCUCCACUUCUCCUGUGCCCCUGGUUACGUACUGCAGGGAGAGGCCAGCAUCAAGUGCAUACCUGGACAUCCUUCACAGUGGAGUGACCACCCACCCACCUGCAAGGCUGCCUCUCUGGAGGAGUUCUACAGUGGACGCAGCUUAGAUGUUGCCAAGGCCCCCACUGCCACAAACUCUUUGGAUGCUACGCAUGUGGCAGCUGCCAUCUUCCUGCCUCUGGUGGCUAUGGCAUUGUUGAUGGGAGGCAUUUACCUCUACUUCUCUAGGGUCCAAGGGAAAAGUCCACUGCAGCUGCCUCUGACUCAGCCCCGUUCUUAUGACCAUAUCACCGUCGAAUCUGCUUUUGACAAUCCUACCUAUGAGACUGGAUCUCUUUCCUUUGCAGGAGACGAGGGAAUAUGAGGUCUCCAUUUAGGGAGAGGGGGCAAUCUGGGGGAGCCCAUCCUGCCUGGCAUUACCACCUGGUCGGCAGCUUUCCUGACACUACCUGCUGCCCUACCCACCUCCUGUACAUACCACAUGGAAAGAGACUCUACCCUAGCCCUUUCAGAGCUGCACCUUCCCCCACAUGCACUGCCCCCAACCUGUCUGCCUGGACACUUCUGCCUGCUCUGGGCCCCCCUCUAGGAUCCUGAGGGCCUUUGCCUGUGGGCAAGCCAGGCUCAAGCACUAGCCAGUCCCUGUAAGAACAGCUUUCUCCUGCCUCUCUCCCCAUCACCAGGUUGGGAUCUUGGGUACUGGGAAGUCAGAACAUUUCUGUGUAGUCUCUAUGCUCUCAAAGCAUGGGCAAAUGAGCUACAGGUCAGUGCGUGGCAGAAAUCUCUCCCUGUGUUCUUCACAGGCAAAGAAUGGGAGCAGUCCAAGAGGUGGGGGCCCACACAGGUUUCAUGUCCAUGAUUAGCUCUACCUUCCUAGGGGAUGUCUGUUCUCUGGAUCUCCCUGGAAUGACUUCCCCACACCUCUUGGGUGACUUCAAUAAGUUUCCCCAAUCCCCCUCUCCUAUCCCAGGAGUGGACAACACCCCUUUUCUCCCAAAAGGCAGAAGGGUAGAAAGGAAUCAAUCCCAGGGAGUCUAAGGGUUUGGAAACUCUUUCCCUCCUCCUCCCAAGACUGGUUCUCCUGGGAAGUGUACUCCAUACCAAAGGGACUAACCCUCUCCUUCCCUGGCUUGCCCUACUCUCUGAAGUUUGGGAGGUGUGUGUGUGUGUGUGGUGUGUG